GGCUAGGACCGCGGGCGCUCAAGGCAGACAUCAGGCCCGCCGACGUCUCCGCGCCGCCCGCCCGGCCACCCGGAGAGCCCGCUGCCCAGCGCCUGGCAGCGCGGACAACCUCUCUCGGGGAAGUGAUGACGGUCCCUCGCGCCGGAGGGCCCAGGGAGGAAAGAGAUAAGCAGAAAGACACCAGGGAAGAGCACCACGCUUCGGACCAACCCCAGCCACAGCCACUGAGAAGUCACCGCACCCGGCGGCGCCGACACACGUUUCCAGGGCUCUUGAGAGACCAUACCCUGGGAGUCUCGCGGGAUCUCACUUUUCUCGGCGGCGCAGGGAAUGAGACAGAUCGCGGGAAUUCCACCCGCGCCGGGAGAUGGUCUGGUGACUUCGCGGCUCCUCCCACGUCUCGCUGGGCAGCCCGCCUUGCGCAUGCGCAGGCGGCGGUGGCAAGGCUACGGUUCGCGCGAGCGGCCGGCGCUAUGGGGCUGAGCCGCGUGCGGGCGGUUUUCUUUGACUUGGACAACACUCUCAUCGACACGGCAGGGGCGAGCAGGAGAGGCAUGUUGGAGGUGAUAAAACUCUUACAAUCAAAAUACCAUUAUAAAGAAGAGGCUGAAAUCAUCUGUGAUAAAGUUCAAGUUAAACUCAGCAAGGAAUGUUUUCAUCCUUACAAUACAUGCAUUACUGAUUUAAGGACUUCACACUGGGAAGAAGCAAUCCAGGAAACAAAAGGUGGUGCAGCCAAUAGAAAAUUGGCUGAAGAAUGUUAUUUCCUUUGGAAAUCUACACGUUUACAGCAUAUGACACUAGCAGAAGACGUCAAAGCCAUGCUUACUGAACUUCGAAAGGAGGUCCGCCUACUUCUAUUAACGAAUGGGGACAGACAGACGCAGAGGGAAAAGAUUGAGGCUUGUGCCUGUCAGUCCUAUUUUGACGCUGUUGUUGUAGGUGGAGAGCAGAGAGAGGAGAAACCAGCACCGUCCAUAUUUUAUUACUGCUGCAAUCUUCUCGGAGUACAACCUGGGGACUGUGUGAUGGUCGGUGACACAUUAGAAACCGACAUCCAAGGAGGCCUCAAUGCAGGAUUGAAAGCAACAGUCUGGAUCAAUAAAAAUGGAAUAGUGCCACUGAAGUCCUCCCCAGUUCCGCAUUACAUGGUUUCUUCUGUGCUAGAGUUACCUGCUCUCUUACAAAGUAUAGACUGCAAAGUCAGUAUGUCCACUUAAAGCACAUGAAAGGGCAUGAUUAUGAAUGUUAGAGUCAAUUUGCUGAGUAUGAAAUAAGAAAAGUUAGGGCACUCCACUUACGAUAAUCCAGCUCUAAGAAUAAUUUUACUUAUGAUUUAAUGGUCAAUAUUUUGAAGGUCUUCCCAACCCUAUUGCUUCUAAGUUGUAACAACCAACCAUUGAGUGGUACUUAUAUCUGAAAAUUCAGAUUGCAUGAAUUCAGGUCAGUAGUAUAGCCCAGAAAAUUUGAGGAAAUAUAUUAUUUGUUAGUCUGUAUCUGGAGCUUUUUAAAAUUAUGUUAUUAAUCUUUUAGUAUCUUGGCUGCAUAAUGCCAAGCAGGAUUGCUUUACACAUGGAUGCACAAAUGUAAGGUUUAUCUUCUGGCUUAAAAAUAGAUAUUUUUAAAAAAUAGAUUUUCUAAAACACAGAUUUAUCAAAGCAAGUGAAUCUGGUUAAUACGAAAUAAGUGCUAAGUCACAUGCAAAUCAAGGUAUUAUAUAGUGAAAUUAUUUUGCAUAUUUUGAAAACAUAAACCAUAGUUUUUGCCUACUUUGGAUGUAUACUUUCUUUUAUGAACCUGAUUUUUCUGUGUGACAUUUUUUUUUUUUUCAGAGGGCAGGGAGCAAUUUUUCUAUGGCAUGUGACAGAUUCCUCCAGUUAGAAAAAGCUGUUAAAAUCAACACGUGGUGCUCCUUUACCAUGACAUUUUCUCACCUGUGCACAGUGAGCCGGUAGCUUCCUUUUAGUCUUCACCUCUCAAGGAAAUGUUUUUACUGUCUUUUCCCAGACACACAGUGGGGUUGAGGGAGCUAGGCUGUUUUGCUAGAGAUAAUUGCAAGGCAUGUGGCACUAAAAGUCAUUUUUCUUCUGUGGAUCCAUAAGAGGAACAUUUCCUCAGUGUAGCCUAACCAUGCAGCCCCCAAUCUGUUCCUUUUUUUUUUGAAAUGGGAUCUUUGUCGCCCAGGUUGGAGUGCCGUGGCACCAUCUCGGCUCACUGCAACCUCUGCCUCCUGAGCUCAAGUGAUCCUCCCAACUCAGCCUCCCAAGGGUGUGUGUGACUACAAGCACACACUACCACGCCCGGCUAAUGUGUUUUUUUGUAGAGAUGGGAUUUUGCCAUGUUGCCCAGGCUGGUCUCGAAUUCCUGGACUCAAGUGAUCCUCCCACCUCAGCCUCCUAAAGUCCUAGGAUUAUAGGCAUGAGCCACCGUGCCUGGCCCCCUCAUAUGAUAGAAAAUUAGAUUUUGCUAUGAGCCAUUUCCCGAGGGCCAAUUUAAUACUCAUGUGACUCUUCUUAGAGUUACCAUCUGCCUUCAAUUUCCUCUGUUUUUCACAUUCUUGGAAAUAUAUCAUUGUUUUGCAAAUUUCUAUAUCUAAUUCAGGGUUUACCAGGAGCUUAAUAAUUAAUGGCUACAUAGCAAGGCAUCGUCUUGGAACCGGAGGAUUUUCUCUAGACUAUUAGGCUAGACAGUCUCAUGAUUAUACUAACCAAACCUGGAGUAAAGUGGUUGAAAAAAAAGAAAGUAUAAAGGGGCUUAUUAAAGUGGUUAAUAAAUAUGAUUUAGGUUGGUUUUUGAUAUGUUUUUCUUCCAACUGUUAUAUAAGAAACUACUAAUGUAAAAUAGUAGGCUAUAUGUUGGGAUGUGUAUAGCUAUGUCUUCAAGACUAAUACUCAGAGAAUCAAAUUGUAGAUUGUACCUAUCUGUGAGCCUAUUUCUUUAGCCAGUUUUCUGUCUACUGCCAAGAAACAGGAUUCUCUGCCUCAUGCAAAUGCCCUUUCAUGUUUACUUUUCGCUCUAGAUUUUUAAAAAUGUGAUUGUGCCCUUCACUGUCCCAAAGUGCUGUUGCUAUAACAGUGAACAUUUGUGAACAGAGGAUGUUUGUAGUUUCAAAUGCAGUACCCAUAUGACCUUGAUCAUAUUUUAGCUGUUUAAAAAUUAAGUUGGAGGAUUUUGGCAGAAGUAGUCAUGUGCAUGAUUGCUCUGAUAGAUUGGUUGGCGUGUGCUGCAGGGGGCUUGUCCUUUUAACUCUCCCACAGGAUGGAUGUAGGCAGUGUCACAUUCAUUAUGCUGAGAGUGAAGGUUCAUCACUCCUGUAUCAUGGUAGCAAAUCUCAACAGGAUAGCUUCUAGGAUGUUAAGUGAGCAGUUCUCCAGCAGAAAUGAUGUAGAAGGAAAAAAUUGAAUAAUUAAAUUUCCUUGUCUUCACGGUUUGUAUUCUACAGAGUACAGUAAUGUAUUACAUUCCAUUUGCACCCUUCCUUAGGGAAGAACUUUGUGGUUAUCUACCUUCUGAGUGGAAUGUUACAGAAAAUAUUUUAAAAUAUUGGAAUAAACCUAUGAUUUUAUUAA